CGUUUUUAAGACGCCAUCUAUUGAAUCUGAAAAAAUAUAAUAAAUUUAUAUGUGGCAAACACGCCAUGUCAUUUCUAUUUACAAAUUUUGUAAAUAUAUUUAAUGUCAAAAAGAUUAAAUGUAUUAAAAAAGUGCAAUUUACUAACCGUGGUGAUUAAGACAUCUAUACGGUUUUAUCACUCGGACACUGGUAAUGCCACAUCUAUCGGGAGGUUUCGGUGAACAGAUAGAGGAUUACGAAGUAUUAAACUUACUUGGAAAAGGAGGUUUUGCAAGUGUAUAUCGAGCAAAAUGUCUUCGCAAUGGUAUAGAAGUUGCAAUAAAAAUGAUCGACAAAAAAUUAAUGCAAGCUGCUGGGAUGGUGGAUAGAGUACAUCAAGAAGUAGCAAUUCAUUCAAAAUUGAAAAAUCCAGCUGUACUUGAAUUGUAUACUUUUUUUGAAGAUGCUAACUAUGUUUAUUUGGUAUUAGAAUUAUGUCACAAUGGAGAACUUCAACGUUUUCUUAAGCUACAAGGAUCUCGUGCAUUGCCUGAAGAACAAGCUGGUCAUAUAAUUAGACAAGUAGUGCAAGGAUUAUUAUAUUUACAUUCACAUCGCAUACUUCAUAGAGAUAUGUCUCUAUCUAAUUUGCUUUUAACCAGAGAUAUGCAAGUAAAAAUAGCAGAUUUUGGAUUAGCUACUCAAUUAACAAGGCCUGAUGAAAAACAUUUAACUAUGUGUGGUACUCCUAAUUAUAUAUCACCUGAGAUAGCAACAAGAUCAUCUCAUGGUUUGGAAGCAGAUGUAUGGAGUUUAGGAUGCAUGCUAUAUACUCUAUUAGUUGGCAAACCUCCUUUUGAUACAGAUGCUGUUAAAAGUACUUUAACACGUGUAGUUAUGGCUGAUUAUGUUAUGCCAGCUCACUUAUCAGAUAAUGCUAAAGAUCUAAUAGAUAAACUUUAAAAAAAUCCAAAAGAUAGAAUUCGUUUACGUGAUAUUUCGAAACACCCAUUUAUAGCUAAUUUAAAAAAAAAUAAAUUACACAGUGAAAAGAAUAUGAAUAAAGGAUUGCUAGGAGAUGGUACUGUUGAUUCAGGAGUUGGAAGAACAUUAUCUUCAUAUGAGAGACCAAGAAUACGUUCUAGAUCGGAAGAAAGAACAUCAACGAUACCUAAUGGUCUUAUGUCUAAUGGUUUUGGACCUAUGAUGAGCACAAAAAGCGAACCUUUAUCUGAACCUAUUAUAAGAAUGUAUUCACAUAAAACAAAUAGUAUCGAUUAUCGUGUUAAACAAAAUUCCGUAUUAGCCGGAAUACCAUUACCGCCACAAAGCAAAAUCUUUUCUCAAUAUGAACAAUAUAGCAAUUAUGAUACAAAUCAGGAGAUUGAUAAACAUAAAAAUGAUAAGUAUAGAAAAAAAGAAAAGACUGAAAAUUGUUUUGAAAGUACCGAAAAUGGAGGAAAAUUACAAAUUUCACCUUUGUCUACAGAAAGAUUACAACCUACUAGACAUAAGACGAAAUAUACAAUUCUUACUAUUUUAGAUAAUGGAGAAGUUUGCAUUGAAUUCAUCAAACGUAGAAAUGGCAUAGAAAAAAUAAGUGAAGUAUGUCGAAUAUCUAGUGAUGGUUUAAGAGUUAUUCUCUAUAAACCAAUAUCUUCAACAGAUGUUGGUAAUCAACCACUCCCAUUACCAGCUCGUGGAGCAGACAGUAUUUAUUCAUAUGAAAAUUUACCUUCCCGUCAUCAUAAAAAAUACAUAUACGCUUCUCGUUUUAUAAAACUUGUAAGAGCAAAAACUCCAAAAAUAACACUAUAUACUCAACGAUCAAAAUGUUUAUUUAUGGAAAAUGGACCACAUCCAAAUUGUGAAGUUCACUUUUAUAAUGGAGUGAAGGUUGAACGUAUUGAUGGUAUUGUAAAAAUAACAGAAAGAAGUGAUGGUCCGAUUUAUAUCGAGGGUGAAUUUCCACCGUAUUUAGACGAUUAUUAUGAACAUUAUUCAGAAUGUUAUAAACGUUGUUUGUUGAUAGAAUCUACUUUUACAUCUUUGGAAGCAGCUACAGAUCAUUCGUGUUUUCCUAUCAUUAUUGGACGCAGGCCUAGUUCGGCCUUAAGUGAUUCUCCUUGUUUACAAGGGAAAGAAAAUAUUUCGCAUGCAACAAAUAAUACACCCGUAAUGCCAUCCUUUGACGCUAGUUCCGUUAUUUCAACAGUAGCAUCACGGUCACGAAAAAUGAAUUCUGUACGAAAUACUAGCAAUAAUAGUAUUUGUAAAAUAGCCAUUCCGGAUAUAUGUACUGCAACACAAUUAUCUUCUGGAGAUAUCCAUAUUAAUUACAAAGAUGGUUCUUCUUUAAUUGUUAGCAAUGGUGGUGAUAUAAUUUAUGAAAGUAGUAAUGGUACUGCUAGAAGAUAUAAUCUCCAUUAUCAGCAAAAUGUGGAAGUACCACAUAUCAUUAAAGAAAAAUUACGUCAUCUGCCAACAGUUAUUGAAUAUCUUGUUCAACCGAAACAUAAGAAUAUCCGGUAGUUUUAAU